AUGGACCUUUCGAAUCAAAUACGCAACCAGCUGCGGACCCAUAAUGUCCCUCCUCCCUCUCACACAUGGCUGCGCACUCUCAUCUCCUCGCGCAACCCUCCACCGCCAUUGCCCUCGCUGGUGAUGACAGCCAAGACACGUCUCCUGGCCACAGACUUGACCACUCCAGGGCUGCUAGACCCAUCCAUCUUGACAUCAAUAUGCCUACCUGCAGGCAUCACCAAUCAGGAUGUCAAGGAAACGCGACUUACACGAGACGUGUAUGUGCAAAUUCUUGACAUUGAGAAUCUAAGCAAGAGCCGGUGGGAGCAGGUUGAAGAGCUAGAGGCUAUCGAACGCGGCGAGCAGACACGCGGGCGGGAGGUCAUCCGUCUCCCCGUAGGCGGCGAUGAGAAUAAUGAGAACGAGCAUGAGGCCGGCAACGAGCCACCCGCUGCUGCACAGCCACUGGCACAGAGAAAUCAGGGGCGUGCCGGCGGUACUGCAAGUGCUGGUGCUCCCACGAAUGCAUCUGCUGCCAACGGGACAAGCAAGAACGCAACCCACAAGCUUGUGCUGCAGGACUGCAAAGGCCAAAGAGCCUACGGGUUAGAGUUGAAACGCAUGGAGCGGAUUGCAAUUGGCAAAACAAACAUUGGAGAGAAGCUUCUGCUCAAGCGCGGUACUGUUGUGGCUAGAGGGGUGAUUUUGCUUGAGCCGACAAGUUGCGAAGUGCUAGGGGGCAAGGUGGAGGCAUGGCAGAAGUCAUGGGUUGAAGGACGAUUGGCACGAUUGAGGCAAGCAGUGGGAGCUGGUAGAAGAGAUUGA